AUGCCUGUCACACCGACCCGCUUUCUCAUUUGGGGUGGCAAUGGCUGGAUAGCCGGUCAGUUGAAGGACCUCCUUGAGAAGCAGGGCAAGGAGGUUCACACCACCACCAUUCGCAUGGAGGACUCCAUCAAGGUCGCUGAGGAGCUGAAGAGAGUCCAGCCGACACAUGUCUUGAACUGUGCCGGUUGCACCGGCCGGCCCAAUGUUGACUGGUGCGAGGAUAACAAGGCGCAGACGAUGAGCAUUCACUGUACCGUCUUUGCCACUGGGUGCAUCUACCAGUAUGACGAGGCCCACCCCAUGGGAGGCCCGGGCUUUACGGAGGAAGAUGCCCCCAACUUCAAGGACAGCUUCUACUCGUUGACAAAGGGUCACGUUGAACCUACGCAACAGAUUCUAAAAAGUUAUGACAACUGCCUAAUUCUUCGCCUUCGCAUGCCCGUGAGCGAUGACCUUCACCCACGUAACUUUGUCACCAAGAUCUCGAGCUACGAGCGGGUCGUCGAUAUCCCAAAUUCGAACACCCUCCUCUUUGACCUUUUGCCAGCGUCUAUUCUGCUGGCCGAGCAUGGCGAGACAGGAGUUUACAACUUUACCAACCCUGGUGCCAUCUCCCACAAUGAGGUGCUAGGCCUCUUUAAAGAGAUUGUCCGAACACAGUUUGCUUGGAAAAACUUUUCACUGGCUGAGCAGGCUAAGAUCAUUAAGGCCGGCCGCAGCAACUGUAAGCUAGAUUCAAAGAAACUGGAAAACAAGCUGAAGGAGUAUGGGUAUAGCGUGCCCGAGGUUCACGAGGCUUAUAGAAACUGCUUUAAGAGAAUGAAGGCUGCGGGAAUCAGUUGA